AUGUCCCUCAAUCGCGUCUCCUUCUUAGAAGGGUGGGAACGCAACCCAGCAGCAUUUCUGCGGGGCCGGGAAGAGCCCCCAUCAGAUACGGACGACGAUACUUUCCAGGACAUACCAGAUACCUCCUCCUUGUCAUCCUCAUUCCCCUCCACGUAUAGCAGACUCAAUUUCAAUCCCUAUGCGGGUCCCGGCUGGAACGAGACCGCUGAUGACCGUGAUGAUCGCCCCUCGUUGCUCGGAUCCCUGGGCCUGGGACUCUCCCCCACGACGACGCGGGAUAGCCAGGUUCGUGUGGACCCGCUUCGUCCGGCAAGUCCUGCGGCUGUGUCAGGACCACCCAAGGAUCAUCGGGAGCCGGCAUCCUGGUCAGAUACGACGGGUGCUUUUGAAGUGAGCCCCGCAAAACGUGUUGCCCAAGUAUGCUUGGCAGUAGUAUAUUGUUUUCUUGCCGCUGGAAUUGUAUUUGGGUUCGCGGCUUUGAAGCCGGUUCUCAUACGUGAGAAUGUUUAUCGCAAUCUCUGCUCCCAGCAGGAGUUGAAGGAUAACGUGGAGGUCUGUGAUGGACAAGAAAUUCGGCUAAACUUGAUGUUCACCAUCGCUGCCGUUGCUACCAAUGUCUCAGCUUUACCUAUAGGAACCAUACUGGAUGCGUAUGGCCCUCGCGUGUGCGGGAUAAUAGGCAGUAUCUGUCUGGCAGCUGGCGCAAUACUAUUUGGUAGUGCUCAUAAACUUGCAUUCGAUGGAUAUAUCCCAGGAUACCUGCUGCUAUCUCUUGGAGGUCCAUUCAUCUUCAUCUCCUCGUUCCAGCUGUCGAAUACCUUCCCGCGACGAUCUGGUCUGAUCUUGUCCAUGUUGACCGGUGCCUUUGAUGCAUCUAGCGCAUUAUUCUUGAUCUUCCGUCUUCUGAGUGAGCACACUCAAGGGAGUAUUUCAGUGCAGAAGUUCUUCAUGGUCUAUCUCCUUGCCCCAAUUUUCAUCAUUGCCGUCCAGCUCACAGUCAUGCCUGCGACCUCGUAUAAAACUACCGGCGAGCUAGUCCUCCAUGCUGAAGUGCAGGCUAUUGAAGAAAUUAACGACCGAGUCGAUGCCACGAUUCAUGACCGCCAAGAAAGCGAACGUCAACGAAAUGACCGACGUAUGCGUCGACAGAGCAUCGUCCAUCAUAUUCAAGAUCUUCUAGACGAUGACACCGCCUCCAUUGUUUCCGGUGGCAUCAAUGAAGCUGUCUUCAAUCCUCACCAGCCCUUCGUACACAAUGAUAACGAAAAUCAACCCACAAGUAGCCCGGGGGUACAGACUCCCAAGCCUCAAUUACAGCCACAACCCACACCACCCAAUACCAGCGGUGUAUGGGGUGUUCUCCAUGGCAAAUCAGCUCUAAGACAACUCGCAACGCCCUGGUUCAUACUAAUAACGCUUUUCACGAUCCUAAUGAUGUUACGCAUAAACUACUUCGUUGCAACACUGCACAGCCAGUACACAUCCCUCCUAGACCCUACUCAAGCGCGCGCCAUAAACAACAUGUUCGAUAUUCUCCUACCAGUCGGUGGUCUGGUUUCCAUCCCAUUCAUUGGAACGUUCCUCGAUAAUCUACGCACGCGUACCGUGCUAUCCAUCCUAGUCGCAACCGCAACCGCCAUCGGCGUCUUAGGUUGCAUACCACAUAGCCUCGGUGCUGCAUACGGGAAUAUCAUUCUCUUCGUACUGUACCGACCAUUCUACUAUACUGCCGUAUCAGACUACGCGGCGAAGGUAUUCGGAUUCCAGACCUUCGGUAAGGUUUACGGCUUGAUUAUUUGUCUUGCUGGUGUGGGUAACUUUGCGCAGGCAGGACUGGAUGCUAUUACUCUGGGACAGUUUGAUGGGGAUCCUGUACCGGUCAACGUUGGAUUGACCGCGGCGGUGGCUAUUGUGGGAGCAUCCCUGGUUGCAUUUGUUAGUUGGCAGACGAGCGUGUUGUUGAGCAAGGAGCAGGAGAGUCAGGUUCCGACCAGAGAUUUACAUAUUGCUACUACUAUUGGUGGUGAUAGUAUGAGGUCUGGAAAUGGAGGUCGGCAUCCGGAUGUGGUGUCGAGGGAUUGGGAAAGAGAGCCUUUGUUGAUUCCUGAGAGCGAAACACGAAGAUAUGGAUCUUGA